AUGGAAUCUGGUUCUAUUGCCAGUUGGAAUCUGAAGGAAGGGGACGCUUUUAUAGCUGGAGAGGUAUUCUGUAGUGUAGAGACUGAUAAGGCCACUGUUGACUUUGAGGCACAAGAUGAUGGGGUGGUUGCCAAAAUUUUGGUUGAUGCAGGCCCUGAUGAAAUUCAAUGUGGCCAACCCAUCCUUGUUACAGUUGAAGAAGGUGAGGAUGUUUCUGCCUUUUCUGACUUCAAGGUCGAAGAUGCUGGAGGUGCUCCCGCUCCCCCUGCUCCUGAGCCGACAACCACUCCUGAGGCAGUUGCUCCACCAACUCCUCCACCUGCUGCUGCUGCACCCGCUCCAGCCACCAAUACUGAUGGACGUGUUGUUGCUUCUCCUUUGGCUCAUAUGCUGGCAAAGGAGCUGGGCUACAACAUUGCCUCAGUUCCCGGAUCUGGACCUGGUGGCAGGAUUAUUGCUGCCGAUGUCAAGGAGUUUGUUCCGGGUGCGGAAUCCAUGGCACCGACUAUGGCAGGACAAGCAGUCACUCCACCACCAGCAACUCCUGGUGCUGCAGCAGCCAUGUCUGCCGGGCCGCCAGUGUCUGGUGAUGGCUACACUGACUUUCCCGUUUCAGAAGCAACAACAGUCACUGCUGGACGACUGGCUCAAGCCAAACGCAAUGUACCACACUACUAUUUGACAGUGGAUAUCUGUAUGGACAGUCUUUUGGAGUCACGCAAAUCAAUGAAUGCCACCCUCAGUGAUGAUAAACCAACUCUCGGAGUUUACGAAUUCUUGCUAAAGGCAGCUGCCAGCUCGAUGAAAGCCGUCCCGUCUGCAAAUGCAUGCUGGAUGGACAGUGUUGUCCGUGUUUAUGACUCAGUCGAUAUCAAUGUGGUUCUUGGUCAGGGUGAUUCCUUGUGCACACCAGUGAUAAGAGAUUGUGGAGGAAAGGGAAUUGCAAGCAUUGGAGAUGAACUGACGAAGAGCAUGGAAAGUCUGGAUCCAAAUGAUGAAGGAGAAAUGCUUCUGCCCUCAGGAGAAGCAGGAACUUUUAGUGUGGUGAAUGUUGGUAUGUUUGGUGUCAAAUCCUGUGCACCUAUCAUUCGGGAACCACAGGCAUGCGCUCUAGCUCUUGGUGCUUUGGAGAAUCGGAUUGUACCAAAUGAUGACAAGGACAGUGAAGAAAUCUUCAAGGAAAGUGUGGUAAUGACGGCAACCCUCAGCUGUGAUCAUAGAGUUGUUGAUGGGGCUGUAGGUGCUCAAUGGCUGGCUGCCUUCAAAUCAUAUGUGGAGAGCCCAACUACUCUGUUGCUCUAA